AUUAAGACUGUGCUCUUCCAGCAGACAUGCGGGCAUCUACUUGGAGCUGCGUCGACCCUUGUUCUCAUCGAACAGGUUUGCUAAAGGCCCGUGCGCAGUCGCAGGACAUUGGCGGCGUGCAUGGCCUUGGGCGACGACAUGCCAAGCUCGCACACUCCUUUCUGAUGGCAGCGGCCCUGCGAGGGCACUGGAUCCGAAGGCUCAAAAGGCCGCAGCGGGUUUGGCGAUGCAGCAUCAAAGAUGGCAGCGUCAACGGGCCCAGCAGUGAAGAUCCCCUUGAGCAGACUCAGCCAAAGAAACCGCAAGAAGAGCAAGCCUAUUUUUCGGUGGUGCAGUUCAUGAUCAACAAGGGGAAAGAUGCUUGCAGGUUGCCGCUCAGCGACUUCGAAGAGUUUUGCACGCAGGGAAAUCUAUCCCCUGACCAAGUUCUUAAAACUUUGAGAUUCCUUUCCAAGGAGGGUGAGCAGGAUGACUUCCAGACGGUGAGCAUUACAAGCGUGGAAGAGUUCGUAGUUUUUUGUAUAGUGUGCCAUUUGCAGCAGCUCGAGACGGGUCGGAUGGACAGCGGUAUGCUUGGAGUAUUUCUGAAAGAACUUUUGCGUCCAGCUCCAAAACUACAGAACUAUGGCAAGUUGAUGGCGCUGGUGCGUUCGCAUCCUGACAAACUGUGUGUUUCGGGGGCUGGCGGGAGUGGCUUCGUCAGUUUGCGCAAUGGCUCGUGCCCCAGCUUACCUACAUUGGAUCAUGAGGCCCAGUCUGAUGGUCAGUUUCAAUCUGGUGAGCAGGACAUAGAUUUGGAAGAAGAAGAAGAAGAAGCAGUCAACCGAAGCUCGGAAGAACAAUCACCGUGCACUUUGCUGUUCGAGCUGGCAAACAGAUAUUUGACGCGAAGACUUGGUGGCUACAAGGGAGCCUUGGGUACAGAGUCUCGCGAACAGGAUGCGAAUGUCCUGGCCAAGCGAUUCAGUAGAUCCGUGCGGAAUCAUGGAAUCUUGAGGCCAGAGGUGGUUCUGGCUGAAAUCGACCAUGCCUGCAGCCUGCGAAAGAUCUCUGAGGAUCAACUUUUCAAGGACCGCUUUGUUGGCAAGAUUCUGGCUGGAUAUGUUAAAACCCUUUUGCUGGUGGAAACUGCCAUCAGAACAAGUCUUGCGAGCCAACCUGUCCUGACAAUGCACGAUUUGGAGAUGAGUGUGCUGAGUCAUCCAAUGUUCAGAAAGGCAAGACGAUUGGAAGAUGUUUCCAUUGGAAAACUGCAGUUCCACCCUCUGGUGCAAAAGGCCUUUGGGUUGGAGCAGUUGGAGGUCAUCCCAAAGGAUUUCCCACAACUGAGUUCUUCAGAACUUAUGGUCAAACUUUUCUCCGAGCCAAUUGUGGCGCCGAUGCUUGGCAUGGGAAGCCGGUUGUCCAGGAAAAGGUCACGGUCACUGGUGGAUAGCUUGAUGAAACUGGCGGCCGAGUAUGGCUUCAGCCACUGGAAUCAACUAGGGAUUGCCAUCCAAGAAGGUUCCUUCUUGACGCAGCUGAUUCCCAUGCAACGUGAUGAAAGGCGCAAGGGCUUUGCGCUGUGGAGAGGCGCCAUGGGUCCCGGCGGGGGUACGCCGGGAACGGAUAGAAAACUAUGUUUUACAGUUUUUCCCGAGUGCGUAGCGAAGGGUUGUGGGGGUUGUGGGGGUUGGACUGUGUUCGCCUUGCGUGCUCUGACUCGUCAUUUGUCGUCGUCGUGGGCCCGCCGGGGUAGUAAUUUGUCUCCAUUGGGCGAAGCUUCUGGAGAAGUUUGUCGAUGCCAGGUGAUCGUCAAAUUCGUCGCGUGUACCGUGGUUGGGACGUUGGAUGCCGGAGAGGAUGAAUUCAGGAUGAAUUCGCUGCGCAGGCACAGCGUUUGGUGA